CGGCCCCGCUGUCAGCCUCGGCCCCGUCCGCUCCGGUGCCGCUGCCAGCGCCGCUCCCUGGGCCUCGCCUCCGCCAUGGCGGCGCCGCAGACGCGCGGGCUGCAGCAGAGCCGGAUCAAGAAGAUCGCCGUGGAGGGCAAUAUCGCCGCAGGGAAAUCGACCUUUGUGAGUCUUCUCAAGCAAGCUGAUGAGGAGUGGGAGGUUGUUCCAGAGCCUUUGGCCAGGUGGUGCAAUGUUCAGCAGAACUCUGAAGAGGAUCAUGAGGAGCUGACCGAGUCGCAGAAGAGCGGCGGCAACGUGCUGCGGCUGCUGUACGAGAGGCCGGAGCGCUGGGCCUUCACCUUCCAGCAGUACGCCUGCCUCAGCAGGACCCGCGCCCAGCUGGCCGCCCUGCAGGGCAGCCUCGGCCGCCUGCGCAGCCCUGUCCUCUUCUUCGACCGCUCCGUCUACAGCGACAGAUACAUCUUUGCAAGCAGCCUGUAUGAGUCUGGGUGCCUGAAUGCAGCCGAGUGGGCCAUCUACCAGCAGUGGCACGACUGGCUGAACAAGCAGUUUGGGCAGAGCCUGGCACUGGAUGGAAUCAUUUAUCUCAGAGCCACUCCCCAGAAAUGCUUAAACAGGAUGUACCUGCGUGGAAGAGAAGAGGAGCAAGAGAUUCCCAUUGAGUAUUUGGAGAAGCUUCACUCCAAACAUGAAAGUUGGCUCCAGCACAGGGGGCUGCGAACAGAUGUGGAGUAUCUCCAAAGAAUACCUAUUUUAACACUGGAUGUUGAUGAAGACUUCCAGGGCAACAAGGACAGGUGUGAUGACCUGAUUGAGAAGGUCAGAGAAUUUUUGAGCACCUUAUAAUCCUCUUUGAAGCACAGGCAGAAGCAAACUGUCUCAAACAUCUAUGCAGUCCACAUCUGGAGCCCAGCUUCUUUUAUAGAAGGCCUGUGGAGAGGCAGGACUCAAAACCCCUCCUGAUCUUCAUUCUGAGGAACAAUUCUUCCUGUUCACAAAGUUUGCUUAUUAAAUGCAGCAGCAGAUCUGUUCCCUUCAGUAACAAAUCCAGAAGGUACAAGAAUUCUGAGAAGUGCCAAAUGCUGAGCCUGUUUCUGGUCAGACCAAGAAGUUCUGGAGUCUUUAAUUCUUGCUUUUUAAUUUAUUUCAUGCCCAAUGCACUUGAGUUUGGGGGGAGUCUUUAGGCCUCCUGAGGGUUAUUUUAAGUGGAAUUAAUUUGGAAUGGGUACCUCCUUGUUCUGAAGAAAUAAAAAGUACAGCCCCUUUUUGAUGGGGAGGGAAGUUUGAUGCA